AACAACAUCAAGCAAGUUGUAAAGCAUCGUCCUUGCAGAUGUCCUACUUGUGCCUCAUGGUUCGAUACUACCUACAGCAUUUGCUUGCUCAACAUCUACAACAACGUCGUGUAGAAAAAACAGACAUCCAGCAGACAGAAGCUGUGUUUACCAGCUUCUUGAAUUUUCUCAGGCCUGGUGCUGCGGGUGCGACGUCAUUUGCGCCAAAACAACGCACUUUCGGACGCGGUGCUGCUUCUUCUAGAGCAUCAAAUGCGACUAGCAGCAGUGUCGUGGGGGGAGCUUACAUCGUUCGUCAAGCUCGUCAAGGAGAACAAGGUGAAGUAGGAUCUUCUGUCAUGACAUCGCUUUUAGAAUACGCGCAACAGCACGAUGAGAUGGAAACCGUGGCGCUACUUGCUCAUACACAGGAAGCAUCUCCUGUUCUCGAACAAAUUCAAUCAUUCCUUCUUGAACCGGCAAAAAAUCGUCUUCAGAUCCUCA